AUGGGGAGGGGGAGGGCCGCCGGAGACGAGGGGGCCGCCUGCACGAGAGGGCAGGCCGCGAACGCCCCGCAACCGGCCGCCGCCGCCAACAAGCAGGCUCGAGUAGCAGCUGGGAGGGGAGCCCGAGAAUCGCCGGAAGGAGACUGGGUCACGGGCAGAGGAGGCGCGUGGGGAGGGGAAGCUGCGGCAGCCGAGGAUGGCGGGGGAGGGGGCGCGACCGGCUGGAGAUGCGUGGGGCCAGGCCGCCCCGGGCGGGCCGGAUCCGUCGCCGUCGUCGACCAGCAGGAGGGGGGCGGCACCGCCGUGGCGAAGAGGGGAGGCGGGGGCGUCGUUGGGGGCGCGGAGGGCCCAGAUCCGCUCCGCUGCCACCUUCCUGGGGCCCAGCCCAGCUUCGCCGGCCGGCCCUCUAGCGGCGGCGAUGCAGGGGAGGCCGUCGGCGGGGGCUCCUAG